AUGGAACAGGCCUCGAACGCUGGUGACACGCGAAAGCUCUACCGUCUGAUCCGCCAAGUUAGCGGUAAGCCCUCUACACCGAGUGACUCUGUUCGCGAUGUGAACGGCGGCUUUAUUGCUGACAACUCGGCCAAAGUCGAGCGCUGGCGUGAGCACUUUGAGCACCAUCUCAAUUUCGAUACCCAACCUACCUCACUCUUGCUCUCCUCCUCAGCGGAGUUUCUUCCCUCUCUCACCUAUGCAGUGCCAUGCGAUCCCUCCUCCGACGGAGAAGUCGCCGAUGCCAUACGAAAGUUGCGCAACAAUAAGGCACCCGGAGAGGACGGUAUACCUGCUGAAAUCUUCAAGUCUUGUGUCGACACUCUGGCGCCCUGGCUCCAUGAGGUGAUUGAACGAGCGUGGAGAGACGAGGUUAUUCCUGAUGACUGGGGCUUAGGCAUCCUUGUAUCUAUCCUCAAGAAGGGAGAUAAGACGAGAUGCGAGAACUACCGCGGCAUAAGUCUAAUCGACGUUGCUGCGAGGAUCUUCGCUAUUGUCCUACUCAGGCGAUUCCAGGCUGUGCGUGACUCUAGGACGAGGCCCAACCCAGCCGAUUUUCGUGCUGGACGUGGAUGCGCAGACCAGAUAUUCGCACUGAGGCGCAUUCUCGAAUUUCGCCAUAGCUACCGACAACCGACGGCCGUCUGCUUCAUUGAUUUUGCCGCCGCGUUCGAUUCCGUUCACCGCGAGUCUCUGUGGCGGAUAAUGGCGCUAGAUGGUGUUCCGGCAAAAAUAAUCGUCAUGAUCAAGGCCUAUUAUCGCUCCGCUACUGCGAUAGUCCUGGUCAGCAACAAUCUAUUCCCAACCGUUCGGUAUUCGGUCUGGCAUUCGACAGGGUUGUAUCCUGUCACCCACUCUGUUCAACUAUACUAUUGA